GAUAUUCCAUCGGAGUGGCGCGGUCAUGAACCUGAUGCUAUCUGAAAGUAGGCCUAGGUGCAGAUGGCGCACAUUGCCAGCAAGCUUCCGCAGUCGGCAGGCGCAGGGCAUCUCACCCACCUUGUCAUUCCAUCCCAUCCCUGCCGCCCGCUGCUGACAUUUUGUUGUUCAUUGCUGACUUCUUAAUUUGUUUUUCGCUGAGAGUGAUUGCUUUCGGCUCAAGCCAUGCCAAAGAAGGGAGCUAAGGCGAAGGAGGACGAGCCACCUCCACCAGACCCUCCUGAGGAAGAGGAGGAGGAGCCUGCAAAACGGAAGGCAUGGGUCUAUGGCAUCAACAAUCAUGUUGAGCGCCUUAGCCCUGAGGUAGUGCAGGCUUUCCGUGCGAAUGGCCACCUGCGAGACGACUAUGCCUUGCUUUGUGGCCAGCUGGGCUUGGUGGGUCAUCAUGAGCUGAUGCCCAGCGCCAAGGGCCUGCCGCCCCCGAAAGAGUUGAAUCUGCAAAGCUGCUUGUUGGAUCGCGCCUCUGUGCUGAUGCUCCAGGUAGUCUUACCAAGUUCUUUGCACUUGUCCUCGCUGCGCCUGAGUGGCUGCGCUUUGGACGUGGAGCUGCUGACGCUGCUGCGCCAAGCCUUCACGAGCGAAACUGCCGUGCAAACCCUCCAUGUGGAGUGGAACCGCGUGGAGCUGCCCCUGGAGGAGUCAAGCCGUGCUACAGUGAAAGAAGCCCAUCAUUGGUCCGAGAUCGACGAGGCUGAGCGUCAGCUGGAACACCGUCGUGCUCGAAGAUCUUUGGUAAGCUUCCGGGAUGAGUUGGAGAUGCUCCAAGGAGACAGUAUCCAGAAAGCAAUCCAGCAGCUUUCCGAGAAGGUGGUGCCUGGCCGGCCAAGUACUGCAAGAAUUUGGCCCAUGGAUUUGCAGACCUGGAUAUCAAUUUUCUAUGAUACCUUCCACAUGGAUGUCUUAGAUUGUGAGCCGAUUUUCAACAUCCUAGACUCCGACCACGGUGCAGGAGAUGGCCUCGUGCCUCUUGCAAAACUGCAGGAGGUGCUGGAAGCCCUGCCAAGAGACGAGAUAUCCACUGAAGAGAGGCUCAUUCCUCCAGCUCAGCCGCCCGAAUUCUCGGAUGAGAUUGGCAAUGCCUUUGCCGCUUUUCUGGACAAAACAAGUCCUUUGGAGAUGUUGUCCUUCAGGUGUUGCAACCUCAGCCGGCCAGAAGUGCAGGCCAUCAGCGCAGCCUUAGCGUCACCAUCGCCGCAUUUGAGGGCACUGAAUCUUUGGGGAAACAAGAUUUGUGACCGCAGUGUCAAGUACCUCGCAGAGGCUCUUGAGUUCAACUUUGGUUUGCAAUUCCUAGGGCUCGGGAGAAAUUAUGUCACCCAUGUGGGCCUGCAAAUUCUUUGCCAAGUUCUGGGUGUGACCCACCUCACUGACAAGGCAGUGGCGGACAAGAUCUUGAAGAGUCUGAAGGCAACUCACAGGAGUUCGAAAAGAAGAAGAAAGCUUUCGGAGCACCACCGAAGGAUGGAAAUGGAAGAGAGCGCUACUGGCCAGCCCCCCAUUUGGACACUUGUGAGGAACUCAAGGAUGAUGCAGGUGCUUCCUUUUGGAUUUGGACCAGAAACACUACGCUGCAGACCUUGAACCUGGAAGACAAUCCCAUUCGCGAUGCCGACGCUGUCGAGAGCCUUCAGCCCUACGGCACGGGCGCUUUGAUUCUCAGAUCUACACCCUGUGCCCCCACGCUGCUGGACAGACAGCAAGCGCUGCAAACGCAGCAAGCCCAGCAAGCAGCAGAGGCAGAACAAGGGGAAGAGCCUAAGAAAGGCUGGAGACUGGUUCUGACAUGAGCGGCAGCCAAAGACCACAUACAAAGUGCUAGACCAGAUAGACUGUUUUUGACAAAUCCGGUUGGCUUCACAGUUGUAGGAGAUGUGAUAAAUGAG